AUGCCCUACUAUCUCUCCAACGAGAGCUACCCCCUCGCCCACGAGCCAACACCGGAAGAUCUGCGCUUUCUCGAGUUCAAUCUUGGUGGACGCCGUGUCGUGGUCGCCGAGGAUGGCGCUGAGGGAACCUCCGGCGAGACGACUGGCCCUGGCUGGCGUCGAACAGUUGCGACGGGCAACGACGAGCGCGUCGGCCUUGGCAACUACAUCAACAGGAUCAAGAAGGACAAGGACAAGGAGCAGAAGGAGCGCAAGCGGCCGCACGUCCAGGACGCACGCUCGCACUCUCCCUUACCUCAGCCCGUGGUCCGACAGCGCUCGCCGCCGCGCAAGAAGGCACGCCCGAGCGAUAUCUACACGACUGCCGCCGGCGAGGACCAGAGCCUGAUCCCGUCACCACUGCAGUCGCCAACCGACAGCGGGCACGCCCCUGCGCAGCCUUCGCUCGGCUCGGGCCAAGAAAUGGCCGCGCUCUUUUCGCUGCCGGCCAUUGUGAACCACUUUGACCAGCUGCCCGACAAGGUGCAGCAGCACGUCUUGAUGCACCUGUUCCGCCGGUCGCGCAUGCCGACGAUCCAGCGCGUGUCGUCGUUUGCGGCGACGGCUCUGAAACGCGACUUCAUCUCCCUACUCCCGCAGGAGAUUGCAGUGCAGGUGCUGUGCAAGGUCGACGUGAACAGCCUGGCAUCUGCUGCGCGCGUCAGUCGAUCAUGGCGCAAGCUUGUCGACGGUGAGCGCUCCGUCUGGCGCACCCGUCUCAUGGAGGACGGUUUGUGGAGCGGACAUGGCGUGGAGGAAGAGGAAGAGAAGGAGCUCUUGAGGAGAUACGAGGUGCUCGACCGGGAAGCGCGGCGGCGUCACAAGUCUAAAGCCGGCACGCCGAGCGAUGACGAGCCUAUGCAAGGCGCAAACGCGAUUGGCGAUCACCCCACACCCUACAAGCACAUCUACCGACGGCGCUACACCAACAACCAAACAUGGCUGAAUGCCAAGCCAGAGCACUUCUCCUUCCCUGGGCACGGGACGCACGUCGUUACGUGCUUGCAGUUUGACGAGGACAAGAUUGUGUCUGCUUCCGACGACCACUCGAUCAACAUCUACAGCACACAGACGGGGCAGCUUCGCAAGCGGCUUGACGGGCACGAAGGCGGCGUCUGGGCCCUUGAGUACAAGGGCGACACGCUCGUGACGGGUGCGACGGACCGGACGGUGCGCGUGUGGGACCUCGAGACGCUGCGGCAGACGCAUCUCUUCGUCGGGCACACGUCUACGGUGCGGUGCCUGCAAAUUGUCGAGCCGGUCCUUGACGAGGCAACGGGCGAGUACCAGCCUCCGUACCCCAUGAUCGUGACAGGAUCGCGCGACACGUCGCUCCGCGUCUGGAAGCUGCCGAAGAAGGGUGAGCCGGCCUUCGAGGGUCUCAGCCCUACUGCUGCGGGACUGAACGGCGGCGCAGGCGACGUCCACGCCCCGCCCGAAGAGAACCCCUUCCAUGUCCACCACCUCGAGGGUCACACCGAGGCUGUCCGCGCCGUUGCAGCUCACGGACGCAUCUGCAUUUCGGGAAGCUACGACAAGAAUGUUCGCGUCUGGGACAUCGUCAAGGGGCAGUGCAUCCACGUCCUGCAGGGCCAUGAGAGCAAGGUGUACUCGAUCGUGUACGACCGGUUCCGCAACCGCUGCGUAUCUGGGUCCAUGGACUACGCCGUCAAGAUCUGGGAUCUGGCCUCUGGCGAGUGUCUGCACACUCUGUCUGGCCACACGGCGCUGGUCGGACUGCUCGGUGCCUCGCCGAACUACUACGUAUCUGCUGCGGCUGAUGCGUCUCUGCGCGUGUGGGACGCCAACACCGCCGAGCUCAAGCACGUCCUCUCCAGCCAUGCGGCAGCGAUCACCUGUUUCCAGCACGACGAGACCAAGGUCGUGUCCGGUAGUGACGGAACGCUGAAGCUGUGGGACAUCAAGACCGGCCGGUACGUGCGAGACCUGAUCAUCGGCAUUUCGGCGGUAUGGCAAGUCGCCUUCCACGGGGACCGGCUCGUCGUCGCCUCGCAGCGCGCAGGCAGCACAGCCUUCGACGUCUUCUACUUCGGGCGGGGCGUGGACCCCGUCGACGACCCGAAGCUGGAGCGCGAGUGCCGCCCGUCCUGGGAGCGUGGGGACCCGAGGGAACCCCAGACGUACCAGUACGACGUGCCCGACACUGAGGGCGACUACAUCGACCGCUACAGGGCCUUAAGCGUCAAGGCGCGCUCGAGCCAGAUCGAAGAGGUCAUGGACGAGGACGAGCAUGCGUCGCUCGAAUUCCUCGAGGACGAGAUGGACGAGGAUUAG